AUGGUGGUAGCGACAUCACAUCUCGCCCUUAAUGAUGAGGAGAUCCACCAGUUGAUGCACGCUGCUCAACGCGGUGACAUUAUCCAGCUUAGAUCGCUUCUUUAUGGCGUAUCCCCCGACAUCAGAGACAGUACGGGCCGAACCGCCUUCUCCUGGGCGGCUUCAUACGAUUUAACCCAAUCACCGACGACAUACAGCAAUCGCAGCCUUGUGUUGCAAUCGCUCCUCGAUCGAGGGGCUAACCCCGAUCUUGCGGAUUACCAUGGUGAAACCCCGCUUCAUUGGGCUGUCAAAGGGGGCGACUACCGCACGGUCGAUUUGCUACUGCAGAAGCAUGUCGAAUCGGACUUGCCAGACUCGCGAGGCCGCACGCCAUUGUCGAGGGCGGCGGAGCGAGGUUAUGAUCGUGUGGUGGAGGUCUUAUUAACCAAAGGUAAAGCUGACGCGGACUAUAAGGAUGCACGAGGUCGGACGCCACUAUCGUGGGCUGCGGAGAAUUGGCAUCUGGACACAGCAACCAUUCUGGUGAAUCAUGGCGCCAGCGUGGACAUUCACGAUAGAGAGGGACAGUUACCCUUAUGGUGGUUUAUCAGCAACACAGUCAAGCGAACAGCGAUGGAGCAGCAGUAUCAGUCCGGGAAAGGGGACUAUCUUCAAAAAUGGCUCACUUUAUUGGGGCCCAAGCACGGCGUCGAGCCUAUGACGAAAGCUCGGAGGACGUUCCUCUCCUGGGCCUGCGAGAAAGGCGAUCAAGAACUUGUUAAGCAUCUGUUGCAGACCGUCUGGGCUGACCCUAACUCCAUCGACCGGUAUAGGAAGACACCCUUGAUCUACGCGCUAGAAUGGAACCACUACGAGAUUGCAGACAUGCUGAUCUCUGGGGUUAAGGCGGGGACAAUCUUAAAAAUGGACAUUGUCUCCCUGCGCAUUAUGAUACAAGAAGGUCGUUCUCGUCUGCUCAAGCCCUUUCUCGAGAGAUACAAGCCCAGCCUAGAACAUGAGGACGAAUACAACACUAUUCCUCUUAUGAGGAUAGCGCUGCAGCAGGCCGAUCGCGCAACGGUAGCAGUCCUCCUAGAGCACCAAGCCAGUAUUCAAGGCCUUGAGAACGUGGACUGGUUCGGUCCUUGCAGCACCGUCAAGUCGUCGGCAGACUUGGUUUUCCUGAAUGAUAUGCGCACGGGGCACGGCCACAAUGCAAUCCCUUUGAUGAAGAUGGCCAUAGAGGAGGGCGACCGAGCGGCAGUGGCGGCAUUAUUGGAUCAACGUAAAAGAAUCCUCAGGAUUAAAGAACAAGAAAACGAUGAUGACAGCGAUCUCGGACAGCGCAGCAGGGAGGUCACUGCAGUGGCUGUCGACAUUGCGGUUGUCCGUAAUGGAAUCAAGACAGCGCAGUGGCUUAUUCAAGGCGCAUUGGAGACGCAUAUCAGAAAUAUGCCGAAGACGGCAGACGAAACCCAUCUGAUGUACGUGUGA